AUGGCCAUUCCGCUGAGAGGACGCCCUGCGCGUAAGUACAUGACGAAACUACUACAAUCAAGUUACUAAAUCUCUGCAUAGACGCCCCGGGCCCGACGUUCUUCAGCUAUACGCCCAAUGGAAAGAAGCUCAUCACAGCUGGUCCCAAUGGUGCUAUACGAGUGUUCGAACAUGGAUCGGACAGCGAACCUACAAUCAUCGACGUGCCCACAGAGAAUCACCUCGCAGCUGUUGCAGCCAAUGACUUCUUCAUCAUUGCGAGCGAAGAAGGAGAUGUGACGAAGUACUCCUUGGUGACGAACAAGAUGGAUGACAUACUCAUCCGAUGCUCGGCUCCUCCGCGCGAUCUGGCUUUGUCUCCAGAUGGCGAAUGGCUGGCAGUGGCUAGCGAGUAAGUAGUUAAACAAAGUACAGUAUCCAAAGAAUACUGCGACUGACUGUGGCCUAGCGAGCUUGAGAUCAAGAUCGUGAACGUAAAGGACACGAUGCGCGUUAUGUACUUGCGUGAACAAACUCGUCCAGCCAAGCAUCUGUCUUUCGAUAUCAGCGGCACGACACUCACCGCUUCGUGCGCGGAUGGCAUGAUCUAUGUCUACUCUCUCAGCUCGGAGCAGCCGCAGCUCACCAAGCGUGUCGAUGGGCUGCUUGGCAUGCUCGAUGUUGAAUCAGAGAAUGCUUCUCGGCCAACAUGGCACCCAGAUGGAAGAGCUUUCGUGGUACCAACACAGAACAAAGGUGAGCUCUGUGCCAAGGAAGUUAGCUAUCUAUCCUAUGUUAACUAACAUCUCUCGCAGAGUUGCAGGUUGUUGCCCGAAACGAUUGGUCGCGGCAGAAGGUGUUCUCCGGCCUCAAGUCAGAGAUUACAGCCUUGGCCUGGUCACCGAACGGCGCGUUGUUAGUCACCGCAGACCUCGACAAAGCUCUGACACUCUGGGAUGCGAGGACCCAAAAGGUCCUCCAAAUAUACAGCGAUCUUCGCAAUACCGUUUUGAACGUCCAGUGGCACCCGAAGGACAAUGUCUUGUCCUAUACCAACAAUAAUGGCGAGCUCUUCAUCCGCGAAGACUUUGUGCCAGAUGAGCACAAGAAGCUGCUCCGCUUGGAAAAGCAACCAGCUCCUUUGACCAGCGAUCCGCUUUUAGAGGUAUCCGGUAACGCUCGUAAACCCAUGACAAAUGGCGUGAAUGGACACAAGCGGACGGCACAAGACGAGUACCUCGAUGAUCUUCUCGGACCAGACGCCAUGUCCGAGGACGGUGAUGGUUUCAUUGAAGACGACGAUGGUGCGGGCUACGCAGAAGAACCUAAUCUGUAUGGAAAACGUGCAGCUGGCGCUUUGGACGGGCCUCAACCAAAGAGACAAGCCUCGUGCGGCGCUUGGCAGCCUCAAUUUCAUCCCUCUUUCCAGCCAGGGAGCACUCCGUGGAAGGGAAAUCGCCGAUACCUGUGCCUCAACUUGACCGGCUUCGUCUGGACUGUCGAUCAAGAAACACACCACACCGUGACCGUGGAAUUCUACGAUCGACAAGAGCACCGGGACUUCCAUUUCACCGAUCCUUACCGCUACGACAAAGCUUGUCUUAACGAGAAAGGCUCACUCUUCUCUUGUCCCUCUUCGUCGCAACAUCCAGCCGUCAUUUACUACCGGCCGCACGAAACAUGGACUGCACGGGUGGACUGGCGGACCGAGCUUCCUGCCAGUGAAGAGGUCACGUCGUUGUCACUGAGCGACUCCUGCGUCGUCGCCACUACCUCCACUGGGUAUGUUCGCAUUUACAGCCUGUUCGGGCUGCCCUUGAAGGUGUACAGACAGAAGACCACUCCAGCUGUCACUUGUGCAAGUUGGAGGGACUACGUCAUGACAGUUGGAAAUGGUCCCGUCGGAGGCGACGGCACAACACGGCUCUUGUACACGAUUGAGCAUGUCAAGCGAGACGAAAUCUGUCAGAGCGAAGACAUCUUGGCACUGCCGGAGGGCACAGAACUGCGUAGCGUCUUCUUCAGUGACAAAGGUGACCCCUGCAUCUACGACAGCGACGGAGUCCUACUCGUAUUGCUACACUGGAGAACGCCUGGACAAGCAAAAUGGGUACCAUUGCUGGACACCAAAUCACUGGACCGUCUCGCUGCUGGCAAGAAGGAAGAGACCUACUGGCCCGUUGCCGUGGCAGAGGGUCGCUUCCACUGUAUUAUCUUGAAGGGCGGUGAACAGUAUCCCUACUUCCCCAGACCACUCCUAUCCGACUUUGAGUUCAAGAUCCCCAUCUCCUCUCAAGCGACGGCGGACGAGGACGAGGAGAAUGGAGCGGACCAUCAAAAGAGUCUAGAAGAGCAAUACGUUCGUUCUUCCCUUCAGCACUCGCUCCUCCAAGACUUGGUGGAGAACACGAACGCCACCUCCGCUCAAAAGACCGCCAUGGGCGUCAUGGAACGCGAGGUCGACAAGGCCCUCCUGCAACUCAUCGCGUCGGAAUGUAGGGAAGGCGAGGAGCGCGGUAUGAAAGCGCUGGAGAUUGCCUCGUUGAUGAGGGACAGGACAGGAAAGAUGCUAGAAGCCGCCGGAAAGAUCGCACAGCGUUUCCAGCGCGACCUGCUAGGCGAGAAGAUCAACGAGCUGGCAGAACGACGGAUAGUCGGUCUGGUUGACGAUGAUGAUUGA